AUGAGCAGGCUGUCUCUGUCUACAGCCCGACAAACCCUACUCCACACCCCAAAAGCCUCGAUACCAAUAGUCCAAGUCCGACACAAGGGCUUCAAAGAGAGGAUUCUUUCCAAGAAGGAGAAGGCGGGCGUUCUCACCGGACCAACUAAGUCAUUUUCGAAAAAGAAGACUACUGAAAAGAAGAAGAAGAAGCCGAGGACUACAUAUCGACAAUAUGAUCCAAAAGAUGCAGAAACAUUCACAUUGUGUGAUGCCAUGCGAUAUUUAAGAGCAUUCGAGGUUGGAAGACCCCCUACUUCUUCUAAAUACGAGAUGCACCUGAAGUUGAAAUCACUCAAGAACGGUCCGGUUGUACGAAAUCGAUUACGACUUCCACACCCAGUCAAAACCGAUUUGAGGAUAUGCGUCAUUUGCCCUCCAGAUUCGAAAUAUGCGGAAUCGGCAAAAGCGGCAGGAGCAACAUUAGUCGGAGAAGAGGAAAUUUUUGAAGCUGUGAAGGAUGGCCGAAUCGAGUUCGACCGAUGUAUCUGUCAAACGGAUUCUCUGGCGAAAAUGAACAAAGCUGGUUUAGGUAGAGUUUUGGGUCCUCGAGGACUUAUGCCGAGCGCGAAGACGGGUACCGUUGUGAAAGACCCUAGUUUGGUUUUGAAGGAUUUGAUUGGAGGUGCUGAAUAUCGAGAACGUUUGGGUGUUGUAAGAAUGGCAGUUGGCCAACUCGGUUUCACGCCAGAGGAAAUGCAGCGAAAUGUUAAGGCAUUUAUCGAGGCUGUGAAGAAGGACAUGGCACAACUGAGUGACAAGAUCAAUAAAGAGCUGGUAGAGGUGGUUUUGAGCUCCACCAAUGGUCCUGGAUUCAUUCUUAGCGGGGAGUUCAGAGAUCUCAACUCGAGUCUGACCCCUCGAGAUUUAUCGACUUCAUCAUAA